AUGGCCGGGCUUCGAAUGGUAAGAACUUUAGCGAGAGGUGAAUUGGGAUUGAGAGGCAUCAGUUAUUUGGUCCGUUAUGCUCUGACUUUCUCAGUUAGGUUAUCGAAUUUUGGUCGCUCUCUUAUCAGUCUGACCCCAGCUUUUUUCCAUUACAAAGUGGCCAAUCUGAUUGGUGCAGGGGGGUCGGUUGGUUGGAUACUGCACAGACUCCCCAAAUCGCUGCUAGUGCGUGGCCCCAAAUCGCAGCGGUCCGGUGAGACCUCACUGCCAACUCAGUGCGAACAGUGCGAUCAGUGCGAACUCAGUGCGAUCAGUGCGAUCAGUGCGAACAGUGCGAACUUGGGCAACUGCAGGAAAUGUCAACACAUCGUAAAUUGA